UAAAAACAUUCCAACACAGCAGGUGGCACUGUGGCGCAUUUAGAUGUUCAGCAAAUCAGAAAAGUGGAGAAGCGUGUCCAUACACAGCAACUGAAAAUCAAAACACAAAUAUGUAAUUUAUUGCUAGCUGGUAAUGACAGUUCAGUGCCUCUCAAUCUACUUACUUUUAGGAAUAAACAUGGAUGUAGAUGACAUUGACGAAGAUGAAACUGACUGGAACAGCACAGACUUAGCACAACCUGCACCUCCCCGUACCGAAGCCAAAGUAAUCAGUAACGUACUCCAACUAGCAUCGCCAAGAGUCAUCCUGCAUUUUGACAUGGAUUGUUUCUACGCCCAGGUUGAAAUGAUCCGAACCCCAGCGCUACGGAAUGUGCCACUAGGUAUUCAGCAGAAAUACAUUAUCGUCACCUGUAACUAUGUAGCCAGGGACCAUGGUGUCACCAAGCUAAUGUCAGUGACUGAUGCUUUAGAGAAAUGUCCUCAGUUGGUGAUGGUUAAAGGUGAGGACCUGACCCACUAUAGGGAGACGUCUUACAAGGUCACAGAGCUGCUGACGUCCUACUGUCCAUUGGUGGAGAGACUAGGCUUUGAUGAAAACUUCAUGGACAUCACUGAGUUGGUGGAGAAAAAGCUGACCAAGGGGAAUGAGGCUACAGAGUCCUCAUUCAAAGGACACGUUUACAAUCACAGCAAUUUAGAUGCCAUGCAACACUCCAGACUGGCGGUAGGCUCCCACAUUGCAGCGGAGCUCAGAGAGGACAUUCACUCUAAACUGGGCCUGACUUGCUGUGCUGGUGUUGCCACUAACAAGCUGCUGGCUAAACUAGUGUCUGGCACCUUCAAACCCAAUCAGCAGACCACUCUUCUACCAGAGAGCAUCAGAGAUAUCAUGGGCAGACUGAGUGGCCUACGGAAAGUCCCUGGAGUGGGACACCAGACUGCAAAGAGACUCCAGGCCCUGGGAUUGGUCAGCGUACAGGACCUCCAGCUCUUCCCAUUGGCUGAGCUUGUGCAGGAGUUUGGGUCCUCCACUGCUCAGCGGCUUCAUAAUCUGGCUCUGGGCAUCGACGACGCCCCCGUUACCCCCACAGGUGCCCCCCGGUCACUUAGCGAUGAAGACUCCUUCAAGAAAAUAUCUUUGGUGAAAGACGUUUUGCAAAAAGUCGAAGAUCUGUUGGGCAGCCUCUUGGAGAGGAUGUACAAAGAUGGCCGCCAGCCACUUACUUUCCGACUGACCAUCCGGAAAUACUCGGCCACCAACAAGUGGUUCAGCCGUGAAAGCCGUCAAUGCCCCAUCCCCACCCAUAUAGGACAGAAGAUCACCUCAGGUAGCAGAGAUGCCAUAGCCCAGCUCAUCUCCAUUGCUUUGAAGCUGUUCCACAAGAUGGUGGACACCAGCGCAGCGUUCCACCUCACCCUGAUCAACGUGUGCUUCAGUAACCUGCAGCCUCGAGGAGCUGCCAGCACCAAGGCUGCCAUCAACUCCUUCUUCACGCCCAGAUCACCUGGCAAGACUCAGCCCUCCUACCUGCAUCAGGAGGAUUUGUCUCAGUGUGAGAGUUGCUCUUACCAGCAACAGGGUGGAUCUGGUAUGGAAGAUGGUGGAGGCAUGGUAUCAAGUGAUCAAGGUGCUUCACACUGGCUACCAGAGACGCUUCCUCCUAACAGGAAGAGCCAACUGUGGGGAGGGUCAGCGCCAAGACGUGACUCGCUAAUCACCGCUCAGCCCCAGACAGUCACAUCCCAGACUGGUCGAGCACAGGGAAAUGAAAGGGUUAACACAAACAAGUCAAAGCCCUCUUUCCGACUGCCCCCCAACAUCGACCCCGAAGUGUUCAGCCUGCUACCCGAAGACAUUCAGAAGGAGCUUCUCUCCCCCGCCUAUCCAGACCCCCCCAGACAGCCCCCCGGCCACAACGCUCUGUCAGCAACAGGAUCUGCUGGUGACGGGACACAGUCAUCUCUCACAAAAAAAACUCCACUCUCUGACUCCAUCUCCCCGCUCGCCACAUGCAAAUUCGCUGAGUCAUACAACACAGUCAUAGACAGAAAGGAGUCUGUUGGGGAUUUUAAACUGCCAGACACACAGACAUGUGGCGACCUCACGGUGCUCCCAGACCCAGAGGCACCAUGGGGAGACCUCUCAGCAGAACAGGAGAAGACUGGACUCCAGGUGUCUACCGACUCCAUCUUCCCUAAAGACGUUGAUCCGAGGGUGUUCUCUGAGCUGCCUUCGGAUGUACAGAGAGACUUGCGGUCACAAUGAAGCAGCAGAAAGUCCUUGGGAAGAUCACUCCAAACUCAAAGGAAGAGAGGAAAACGUCCCUGGUCAAAGAGAGAAAGCCUCAAGUUAAAGGCAGUCAGAC